UACACGGCAGGUGUAUUGAUGGGCGGGGCGCUGUACGAGUGGGCGGGGCGCCGCCGGUGAAGUGGCUGUGCCAGUCUCACCUCUGUCGUUGUCACCUGUGUCUUCCUUUUCCGCCGGAACAGAAAUGAUUCGAUUCCUUCUUCUGUUCAGCCGGCAAGGGAAGUUGAGACUGCAGAAAUGGUAUAUAACGCUGACAGAGAAAGAGAAACGCAAGAUAAGCCGGGAAUUGAUGCAGAUAAUUCUCUCUCGGAGCCCUAAGACCAGCAGCUUUGUGGACUGGAAGGAUUUAAAACUCGUAUACAAAAGGUAUGCCAGUCUGUAUUUCUGCUGUGCCAUAGAUGAUAAAGAUAAUGAGCUGCUGACGCUGGAGAUUGUUCAUAGACUUGUGGAGCUACUGGAUAAAUACUUUGGAAACGUCUGUGAGCUGGACAUCAUUUUCAACUUUGAGAAAGCAUAUUUCAUACUGGAUGAGUUUCUGAUGGGCGGUGAAAUUCAGGAGACCUCCAAGGAGUCUGUAGUGAGGGCCAUUGAAGAUUCGGAUAUGUUACAAGAGACAAUGGAAGAGUACAUGAACAAACCAACAUUUUAAGUGAGUUACUUGAAGUUCCAUUCACAGGAGAAGAAGCAGAUUAUACAAUGAGAUUUCUGAUUGGGCAGAAGAUGUGGCAACUGCACUAAAAGAUAGGAGGGCACCGCUGGGCGGUCCUCCUGCCAUCCUGCAACGGGACAGCGCAAAAUCAAAUAGGACAUGAUACCUAGACUACUUUGCCCUUUGCAGCUGUAUGGACCUAGAUGUAUGCAGAGUGAAUAGACAUAUGCAAAGGAAUCCUUGCUUUUUAAAGAAGAAAUAAAAUAUUUUUUUAUGUACUGUAUAUUUGGCUCUUGUAAUUACCAGAAUGACUGACUUCCUAAAAAUGCUGACCAAAGCAAGGACUUUAGGGAAUGUGUUUUUUUUUUUUUUUAUAUAUUGAUACGUAUUGACAUAUUUGGUGUAAAUGGACAUCUUGGGACUUAUUUAUCAAAACUAACAGAAAGGCUGAUCUUCUUGCCCAUAGCAACCAAUCACAGCACAGAUUUUAUUCUUUGAUAGGUCUGAUUUGGUGCUGUACGCAAGAAGGCCAAUGAAUCUGUUGGUUUUAGUAAAUGAGGCUCAGUGCUUUCUUCAUGUAGAAUGAUCUAUGAAAUAUUAAUGUAGAUCCUGAAAAACACAAAUAUCCUCAAUAAAUGGAAAAGGUUAUUACAUAA